AUGGAUCCAUUCUCUCUCGCCCUGGGUGCUCUUCAGAUAGCUGCCGCCUGUGUUUCAUGCACCAGCACCGUGAUCAAGAUAUACGGAGGCAUCAACUCUGUUGACGAUCGAAUCAGGUCUUUCUGCGAUGAAGUAGCGGCUUUGCGAGCAACUUACGAGGGCCUGGAGAAGAGCCUCUCUUCCCCUCCACUGGCUGAGGCUGUGCGUGUGGCCAAUAAGACCGAUGAUGGCGCUCACUUGUGGCAACAAAUCAAAGAUGCGCUUGAAGAUUCCAAGAAUACCAUGAAGCGAGUCAAUGAGAUCCUUACCCAGAUUGCCAAAAUAUCUGGAUUUGCGCGUAAGGUGAAGGCUCACUUACAAGAAAGCCUCCACAAUGGCGAGCUGUCUCGACUCCGCCAGCGCAUCCAGUUCUUCAACUCAGCCUUGUCGCUGCCUAUUCAGAUGGUCUGCGUCAUGCUCCAACUUGAGCAGAGAGGAAUAACAAUCGAGCAUCAGACAUCACUGGAUGCGAAACUCCUCACGCUUGAACGAACCAUGAAGGCGCUCAUUCAGAGUCUCAAUUCCCCGUCCCGUCUACAAACACUGGGUGGUUCUACAAUCGCUGCUACAGAGACCAUGCGUUCGGGCCACGAUGAUGGAAUGAAGACCUAUCUUGCCUUUGCCAAACAAUUUCUGAGCACCGCUUCUGCCGCUGCCAGUACAAGAUCUUCGUUGAGUACCAUCUCCCCACCAAUCGAACCCGAAGCCCUGCGUGACGUCCCGAAGACCGCUGCCAAUGAGGUGUCAUUCCCGACAGAUCGCAGAGAUCGCGUGGAGGGCUGGAUCCAAACCCCUUCAGAUUCUACUCUGCCCACAGGUGGUUUCGCUCAACAAGCGUCUAGGUCUGGUAGAGGAAAUACAGGAGCUGCAUCCGAGGUUGAGUUCCUUCGCGCCCAAAACCACCUGAGGUUGGGCCAGGAGAGUUUCGAAGAAGGCGAAUAUGCAAAAGCAGAACGGCAUUUCCGCAAGGCUCUCGCUCUGAUGGAGCGGCAUGAUUUCGAGGGCAGGAUAUCUUUCCAGCCGGCGGAGGUCGUUCUUAUGCUAGCUGAUUGCUGUCGGCAGCAAGAGAAGCUGGAUGAAGCAGUUGAAUUGCUGCAGCCGGUCGCGGCCAUGCGCAGUGACAUCUUCCCGGGCAGCUCGAAGGACCAGAUUUGCUCGAGCGAGGUGCCGGUGUCUCCGCGUCAGAUGCCCGACAAACUGCAAGCACUGGCAGCCAGUCACAUGCUAGGACGCGUAUUCAUUUUAAAGAACGAUUUCGACGCGGCAGAAGAGCAUGGGCUGCGAGCUUUCAUGGAGCGUCGAACAGAACUCGGACCGCAAGAUGAGAAGACACUCGAAUCGGUGCAGUUGGUUAUCGAUAUCUACCGGGCGCGAGGCGACGACGGUGAUGAAGAGGAAGCCGAAGGUUACGAGGUGUUUCUCUCACCGCCCGAGAAGGCGACGCCCACGCUUUCCACCGAGAAGCUCUUGAGCAAGGUUGAAGUACUUCAGCUCAGUCCGGCGCUGGUUUCCCCGGAACCAACUCCAGCUCCAGAAGUGCAGAACAACCAUCGACCUAAGCUCAUGAACCGGUUGCUGCACCGUGGCCGUCUUUCUCAAUCAGAUUCAGCUUACUAUCUGCCGUCGUCAGAACUACCCAAGCUGACCACCUCCAAGUCCACAACGCUAAACAAUCCACAGGAUAUUGACACGACUAAUCCAUUUGGGUUUCGAGGUCUCAGUUCGCCCUCGGAAACGUCGACCUACGAUCGCUCUCUAUCCUUCAACGAUGAUAGCUCAAUAACCACCCCGGGUAGUGCGCAGCUCGAACGGUCUUCCUCAAGCAAAACUUUGGAGCCCACUUAUCAAGCCAUAGCAGACCUCUGCAAUGAGAAACGACUUGAUAAAGCGGCAAAGGUGGCGAUGCAGUAUCUGAAUACGUACCAGUCCAAUUACAUGGUCAUCCGGAAGCCGGAACUCAAGGACAAUAUCCGCAACGGGACCGGGCACGGACUCGCCAGGACGGGGCGAGGGUACGCCCCUCUACACUUCUUCUGUGAGCUGAAGGAGGAACACGCCGAGGAGGUCAAUCUAUUAAUCAAACAUGGCGUGGAUGUCAACGCCAUCGCUUUUCAAGCCGGCUAUACCCAAUCAAACCCCAAAGACCCUUUCACCGCCCUGCAGCAAGCCACUGAGAGGGGAUUCUCCACCAUCACAGGUCUGUUACUUGCGAUAAACGGCAUAAAGACCGACGUUCGCGACCCGGAUGGAUACACACCGCUGAUGGUGGCUUGUAGGAAGGGCCACCACAGUAUCGUCAAGCAACUGCUGGAGUUUCCUCUGCCAAACGAGUUCCCAGCGACCUGGCACGGAAAUACACUGCUUCACGACGCUGCGAGACGGUGUGACCCGGUACUAGUUGAGAUACUCUUGGAACACACGACGUUCAUCGAUGAACGAGAUCGAUUCAGUAAGACGGCGUUGAUGCACGCCGUGGUCAAGGCAGACAUUGCCGAUCCCUCAGAAAAAAGACGACGGAUCAAGGGCAGGUCUCAGACCGUGCGAAUCUUACUGGGAGCAGGUGCCGACCCUACGCUUCGGGACCACAGGACAAAUAAGACGGUACGAGACUACGCUGUGGAAGAAGAUGACGCCGAGUUGUUGAUGCUUUUGGGACAGGUACCCAGAGCCGGUAUCAGCGAGCUGGUGGCGUGA